CAAAAAGAGAGGUUUUUGUCUGGAAUAUCCGUCUAUGUCGGAACAUUUUCGGAGGAGUCGCGACGCGACAUCGUCAACGAAAUCCGAAAGUUGAAUAUUAAGUUUUUUUUUCUUUCGUUAUUAUGCCUGUUAUUUGGUUUUAUACUUUUGUUUGAUUGUUUUCGAGGGUGGGGGCCAUUUCGCGAAUUUGUGGAACCACUUUCUCGGAUCUCUUUUAUUUGGCUUCUGUUUCUGUCCAUUUUCGGCUCGGUUGUUUCCUGAAGAGGCAAUACGGCGAUCGUUUAUGUCAUUUAGUGUUAAUUGUUUUGACAUUCGUUGAUUUUGAUUUUGUGUUCCGUCUGGGGGUGGAUGAUCGCAGUGGUGAUGCUGGACGUUCCGGAUGAGGUUUGGUUCUCGAAUAGGCGCGCAAAAUGGCGCCGCGAGGAGAAGUUGCGUUCGCAGAAGCGGCUGAUCAACCAGGUCGGCUCGAACGGGUCCCAGCCGGGAAUGGCCUCUACUAUAUGUUCGCCGUCAGCAACGAAGAUCUACAACUCGGAGUACGACAACCCGUACGCGGCGGCCGCGGCCGCUGCCCAGCCUACGUCGGACUGCUACAGUUCUAUAUCGAAUUCGGUCGGGCUGAUGUCCGGCCAGCCGCCACGUGACAACUACCAGUACUUGCUGUCCGACUCGCUUCAUUCGCUGAGCAUGCCUUACUCGUUCCAUCACCGGCUACCCUGCAGUUCGCCCUCCAGCGUGCAACCCAUGGAUCUGAACACCCACUCGGCGGCGUCGGCAGCUGCGGCCGCUGCAGCCGCCUCGGCGUACAGCCAGUCGAUCAGCAUGACGGACCUUUCCCAGAUGACGCCGUCGAGUGCGGCGGCGGUGGCUGCCGCAGGACUGCCACCGCCGCCACGCCAUCUACCGAUCAUAACCAGCUCGAUCGCCGCCAAUCCGUCGGCCGGCAACAGCGAUCUGGACUCCGGAAGCGGCGCCGGGCACUACAUUACGAGGCUUGAAUAGUCAUUAAGUCAGCCGCUGCCGUUGACCCAUCCACAUCAUCCCCAUCACCACCUUCACCAGCACCAACUCCAGCAACAGCAGCAGCAGCAGAUGACCCCACCCAACUCUAUCUCGGGCCCGCCGGCCGCCCAUCAAUCGCUAGCUCCGAUAGAGUUGACAGCCCACCAGCCGCCACCGAGCGAUAUGGAAGGAUGAUGAUGAGACUGAGACGCAGAUGGCUCUAGUUCGGCCGUAGACGCGAGUAUUCAGCUGUCAAACCGCCGCAGCGUUAGCAGUCUAGAAUAUCGGUCUAUGCGCUAACGCUCUAGUUCAGCAACAUAAAAACCCUCUCGACUGACGGUUGUUUCGUGAAUUGUGAUAUUGUAAUACGUUAAUUAGCACACAUUUUAAUAAAAAAAAGAAUAAAAGCAACAAUAUACCGAAGACAUAACGAUAGAAGGCAGAUGUUGAAAAGGGGCGGAUUGUGAAUCCGCCCGAUGUCCCUACACACACACAGUCACACAUAGUGUAGCAGUAGCACCAUAAAAAUGUAUGGUUUUAAGGCGCGAGUUAUAGAUAGACCCCAGAGUUACGAGGUUUGCAAACGGAAUCACACGAACAUAGUUGUAGACUUUAUUAUAAUUGAUGGAAUACGAUUGAUUCAAAAGAAUACAGCUGCAUGCUCGCCUAUGCAAGAAAAUAAACAAAAAACAAGAUGAAAUAAUAAUCAAACUCUAUGUAUAUGUACUAGCAAACAAACAAAACAAGUUAAUUCAACAAACUGUGUAAGAAACUACUCUUGUAAAACGGAGAAAACCGGAAACGAAUUUUGACAAAUAAAGAAAUAUGCCAACGCGCGAAAGCGCGAAAAAGAAAUAUGUGAUUUGUGGCAAAAGAAGGAAGCAAACACACAAACAAAAAAAAACAAGAU